AUGACUUCUGACAAUAUACCUAAUUCCAAUCCAGUUGGGAACGAGGAUUCAGGAGAUGAGAGCGAGUCGAUCCCCUUGGCUCAAAUAGAUACUCUGGCACCCACUCCAAAAAAGAGAAAAUCAACAAAAAAUGGCAACGGUGCAACAAAACGCAAAAAAAGACUAGUUAUAAAAGACGAAGAUGACGAUGAACCGUUGGCUCUGAAGUCUCCCGUGAAGGCAAAGAAACCCAAGACGAAGCUGAAUGGAAAAAAUGGCCAGGAAAAGGUUAAAAAGGAAACUUCGCAGACGCUGGAUGCCCAAUUAGCGACACCUACAGACCUGAUAAAGAAGGAAAAGGAAGAAGAAGAGACUUACAAGUGGUGGGAGGCCCAAGAUAUGGAUGGCGAACAGAAAUGGGAGUCUCUCCAUCAUAACGGUGUGAUGUUUCCUCCUGAAUAUGAGCCAUUACCGUCGCAUGUUAAGAUGUAUUACGACGGAAAACCGGUUGAUCUUGCUCCUGCGGCCGAGGAAGUUGCUGGGUUUUUUGCGGCGAUGUUGGAAACUGACCAUGCCCAAAAUCCUGUUUUCCAAAAGAAUUUCUGGAACGAUUUUCUUCAAGUCGUGAAGGAAUCAGGUGGAGCCAACGUAGAAAUGAAGGACUUUACCAAAGCCGAUUUCACCAAAAUGCAUGCACAUUUCGAGAUGUUAAAGGAACAAAAGAAAAACAUGAGUCGAGACGAGAAAAAGGCUCUUAAGGAAGCAAAAGAAAAGGAAGAGGAACCAUAUAAAACCUGUCUUUUAAACGGCAGAAAAGAACAAGUAGGAAACUUUCGUGUGGAACCCCCAGGUCUCUUUAGGGGCCGUGGAGCUCACCCCAAAACAGGCAAGUUGAAAAAGCGAGUUUAUCCAGAAGAUAUAACGUUGAAUUUGAGCAAAGAAUGCAAAGUUCCUGAGCCACCUGCUGGCCAUAAAUGGGGAGAAGUUAGACACGAUAACACCGUGGCUUGGCUUGCAAUGUGGAAGGAAAACAUUUCUGACUCUCUCAAAUACGUUCGUUUUGCAGCAAAUUCUUCUGUGAAGGGUCAGUCUGAUUUCAAGAAGUUUGAAACGGCAAGAAAUCUCAAGUUUCACAUCGAUGCCAUCAGAACAGACUACACGAAGCUUUUAAAGGAUCCCUUGAUGCAGAACAGACAAAUGGCUACUGCCACAUACCUCAUUGACGUUUUUGCUCUCAGAGCUGGAGGUGAAAAAGGUGAUGACGAAGCCGAUACCGUUGGAUGCUGUUCCUUAAGAUAUGAGCAUAUUACCCUCAAGCCUCCAAACCAGGUGAUUUUUGACUUUUUGGGUAAGGAUUCCAUUCGAUUUUACCAGGAAGUCGAGGUUGAUAAGCAGGUAUUUAAGAACUUGAGAAUCUUCAAGAAACCUCCCAAACAACCGGGUGAUGACUUGUUUGAUCGUAUAAGUCCACCCAUGUUGAACAAGCAAUUUCAAGGUUAUAUGAAAGGAUUAACUGCCAAGGUUUUCCGUACUUAUAACGCCUCGAAAACCAUGCAAGAUCAAAUCGAUUUGAUACCAAACGAGGGAACUGUUGCCGAGAAAGUUGUACGUUUCAAUGCCGCCAACAGAACCGUGGCAAUCUUGUGUAACCAUCAGCGUACCGUGAGUAAGACCCAUGGCCACUCUGUACAGCGUAUUCACGACAGGAUCAAGGAAAUGAUGUGGCAGAAAAUACGAACAAAGAAGAUGAUACUUGAGCUCGAACCUGGGUUAAGAAGAAAAGAUCCGAAAUAUUUUGAGGAGCUUGAAGAUCUUUCGAAGGAAGACGAGCAACAUGUUCACCAUCUUUUGCUUGAGCGAGCUAGAGAGCAAGCACAACGUAAAUUCGAGCGUGAAAAUCAAAAGUUGAAGGCCGAAGGGAAGGAGUUAUUGAGUUCGAGUGUGUUGGAUGAAAAGAUGGAGAAGAUUAAGGAGCAAGAGAAGGACUUGGCCGAAGAACUCAAGACGGGAAAGCCAGUGAUGAAGUCAACCACCACUGUGGAAAAGUUGAAGGCACAAGUUGAGAAGCUCGAUGGAAGAAUUGUUAACACAACGUUUCAACUUCAGGAUAAAGAAGACAACUCGGAGGUUUCGUUGGGAACAUCGAAAUUGAACUAUAUUGAUCCACGGCUCACGGUAAUGUUUUCAAAGAAGUUUGACGUUCCUAUCGAAAAGCUCUUUACCAAGACAUUGCGAGACAAGUUCAAGUGGGCCAUUGAGUCUGCCGAUGAGAACUGGAGGUUUUAG